UUGUUCUGUGCCCCUGUGAAAAAACACUGGCCCCACCCUGGCCUCACUGCUAAAUUUGGUCUAGAACCUCCAGAGGCUGUGGACAUGUUCAUCUGUGAAAUAUUUCCAGUAAUGGUAUGUAAAUUCUUCCUUCCAUUUUACAGCGAUGUGCUUCUUUGUGUUGGUAUGUGAGGUAAAAUAUACUGCAGGGUGUUUGGAUCACGCCGCCUGACUACUGAAGACAUGCUCCAGGCGUGACGAUUUAUUUAUCUUUGGCCUGAGCAUGGCAGAGAUUAACAGCAACAGCGAUACUCAAAGCGAUGGCAGUGACAGCGUGGAUGCCAUUAAAUUGCCUACAAAAAGUAAAAAGGCAGCAGCUGGAGGUGAUGGUGAUAAGGUGGAGGAAAACUCGGACAGUAAAACCCCCACUUACCGCUACCGGAUGGACUACCCCUGCAUGGGAACCUGCCUGAUAGUCAACAACAAGAACUUUGACAGAAGAACUGGAAUGAAGUCCCGCAGUGGAACAGACGUUGAUGCUGCUGCUGUGAAUAGGACCUUCUCUAAGCUGGGUUACAGGGCCCGAACGUUCAACGACCUGACCGUGGCUCAGAUGAAAGCACAGAUGGAGAAAGUGGCUGCUGAGGACCACAGCCAGAACGCUUCUUUUGUGUGUGUGCUGCUCAGUCACGGAGAUGAGAAUAUCAUUUAUGGCACCGACGAACAUAUAAAGAUUGAUACCCUGGUCGGAUGCAUUAAAGGAAACAAAUGCAGGAGUCUGGUGGGGAAGCCAAAGCUCUUCUUCAUCCAGGCGUGCCGAGGUACAGAACUGGAUGGUGGCGGCUGUAUAGAGACAGAUUCUGUACCAGUGCGGUCACUGGAGCGGAUUCCCGUGGAGGCAGACUUCCUGUACGCCUACUCUACUGCUCCAGGCUACUACUCCUGGAGAAACACGAUUAAAGGCUCCUGGUUCAUUCAGGCGCUGUGUGAAAUGGUGGAGAAGUUCAGCGGGGAGCUGGAGCUGAUGCAGAUCAUGACCCGAGUCAACCACAAGGUGGCGUUUGACUUUGAAUCUGCUUCCGACAUGCCUGGGUUUGACAAAAAGAAGCAAAUGCCCAGUGUUGUGUCAAUGCUGACCAAAGACUUUUACUUCCCCAAAUAAAUGAUCCAAACAUCUAAUCCACCUUAUGGACCCCCCACUUUUGGGGGUCUGAAAGGACUCAGGGGCACUUACAUUUAUUGGAGAAUAAAGAGGACAAGAUGUGCA